ACGCUCGAUGGGGGAUUACGGGUUCGGUUUACUAGUUCAGACCAAUAAUACCAACAGUAAGGUAGCUUUUCCAGUCAGAUACCACCAGCAGCAGAGCGCCGCCAGCUUCUGCAGCGCCUCCACUUCGGCUUGGCUCUUCCCUGCUUCGGCCAUCCAGACCAUGCAAGAUGAUCUGCUGCUGUCAGAGAAGCCCAAGCCCCAGCCCCAGCCCCAGCCGCCGCCGCUCUCCCCCCGGCUGGAUCAGCAGGCGGCUGCCCCCGAAGUAGUCAUCCUCUCCGAGUCGCCCAAGUCGGAGGAGGAGAGCGGGGGCGCCGGCGUCUCCAGCGGCACCAAGGAGAAGCUGAGGAUGGAGUCGCCGAUCCUGCCCGGCUUCGACUACCACGACCCUCCUUCCUCGGGGCUCGGCACCACCGGGACGCCGUCCCUCACCUCGUCAACCUCCUCCCUGACCGGUUUCAGCAACUGGUCAGCAGCGAUGACUCCUCCUACCAUGGGCGAAGAUAAUUUCUUCCACCAGGGCGUCCCCGCUCCCUCGGCCAACGGGGCAAUGCUGUUCCAGAAUUUCCCCCACCAUGUCAGCCCCGGCUUCGGGGGGAGCUUCUCGCCCCAGAUGGCCCUGUCUCAGCACCACCACCCGCACCACCCGCCGCCGCCGCCGCACCACCACCAGCAGCAGAGGCGCUCGCCUGCCAGCCCGUUCCCGCACAGAAACGCCUUCAACCAGCUGCCCCACCUGGCCAACAGCAUCAGUAAACCCCCUUCCCCGUGGAACAGCUACCAAAGCCCGUCGCCUUCGUCGUCUUCCUCGUCGUCCUGGAGCUCCGGCGGUGGCGUUGGUGUUUGGGGAGGAUCCCAAGGUCGGGACCACCGCCGCGGCAUGGCAGCCCUCAACUCCAUCUCUCCCAUGAAGAAACCUUUCCCCGGCAACCACAUCCCGGCGCACAAGUACUCCAGAUCCAGCUCAGCCUUCCAGCCCAAGUCUUGGAUGGAGGACAGUAUGUUAAGGAAUGAUAUUUUACCGUUUCAGGAUCGAACUAGAUUAUAUGACACUUUAAACAUGCACUCAUUGGAGAGUUCACUGAUUGACAUCAUGAGAGCUGAACAGGACCCUCUUAAAGGUCGUUUAAACUAUGCGCAUCCUGGAUCAGACAGUCCUCUCCCUAUUAAUGGUCAUUCAUCCCUCUUCCCUGUUGAAGAUGGUUUCCUUGAUGAUGGACGUGGUGAUCAAACUCUUCAUAGCGGCAUAAAUUCUCCUCAUUGUUUUCCUCACCAAAAUGGUGAACGAGUGGAACGAUAUUCCCGCAAAGUAUUUGUUGGUGGUCUGCCACCUGAUAUUGAUGAAGAUGAAAUCACAGCUAGUUUUCGUCGUUUUGGUUCCCUGGUUGUUGAUUGGCCUCACAAAGCAGAGAGCAAGUCAUAUUUUCCACCAAAAGGCUAUGCGUUUCUGCUGUUUCAGGAGGAAGGUUCUGUGCAAGCUUUAAUUGAUGCUUGCAUUGAAGAGGAAGGAAAGCUGUAUCUUUGUGUAUCAAGUCCAACUAUCAAGGAUAAACCAGUUCAGAUACGCCCAUGGAAUCUCAAUGACAGUGAUUUUGUAAUGGAUGGUUCUCAGCCACUUGAUCCACGGAAGACUAUUUUUGUAGGUGGUGUUCCCAGGCCUCUUAGAGCUGUGGAGCUGGCAAUGAUCAUGGACAGGCUGUAUGGUGGAGUUUGCUAUGCUGGCAUUGACACAGAUCCAGAGUUAAAAUAUCCAAAAGGUGCAGGCCGUGUGGCUUUCUCAAAUCAACAAAGCUAUAUUGCUGCUAUCAGUGCUCGCUUUGUCCAGUUACAGCAUGGAGACAUUGAUAAACGGGUGGAAGUGAAGCCAUAUGUCCUUGAUGAUCAACUAUGUGAUGAAUGCCAGGGUACCCGUUGUGGUGGGAAAUUUGCUCCGUUUUUCUGUGCCAAUGUCACAUGUCUGCAGUAUUACUGUGAAUACUGCUGGGCUGCCAUACAUUCUCGUGCUGGGAGAGAGUUCCACAAGCCACUUGUCAAAGAAGGAGGAGACCGUCCACGUCAGGUUCCUUUCCGUUGGAACUAACAAAUAAUCAAAUAUGAUUCUAGUGGCAGGAUAAGUGCGUUCUAGGGCUGCAGACACCAGACUAGCUAGGAAUAAUAAAUAAGUGCAUUCUUCUACUGCCUCAUCCCAUAUUUCAAAACAUAGUUUCUAAAUUCAUUUUAAAUAGUUAAAUUGAUCUCCGGUUUCAAUGUUUUUAAUAACAUUGAAUUACUCGUGAUAACACUGGAUAUGUGAUCCUUAUCUCAAUGGAAUGUAUGAUUGGUAUUUCUGGAAAACAUAUUUGCACAGCUUGCUUUUGUAUUUGAGAAAAAUGUUAAGUUAAUGAAAUUGACAACAGAGAACCAGUUUUAUUGUUCUAUAGACAAAAACUAAAAUUAAUGUGAAGUUUUACUGCAGCCCCUUCUGCGUUUUUGUUUCAAUUGAGCUGAAUCUAAAGUAGCGGAAGAGCACAUAAGAAAAAAUAGCCUGAAACAAUACAAAUCCCAGUAGUUUUCAAACAUAAACCUAUCAGUGUGGUUUUAAAAAGUUGUUUCUGACACACUACAGGCUUCACUAACAAAUAUACGGGAUAAAUGCUUUUGGUGCUUUUCCCAUAUCCCUUCUUCACCUCCCCAAAAUAAACGAUUUUAGAAAAGGGGGUUUAGUUUGCUGCUAUGGUUGAAGUGUGCACUUAUUUCAGAAAAGGAAAACCACAAUUUGAAGAUCUGCUACCCCUAAAAGUUUACCAAAGUUGUUGAGAUUGACACAAAUCUAAUUGUAGAGAGGCAUUUUCGUUGCUGGAAGAGAUUUUAUACCUUUAUUUUUUUGAUGUUGCUAUUUACAAAGUCCACUUGAUCUACUAAUAUAUUGUCAUGUGUCAGCUUUUGCUCUCCAUUUUGACACACAAAAGUAAUACCUCAAAUGUAGCCUUGAUUUAUAUUUUUUUAUUUUUAGUAAUGCUAUUUAAUUGCAAGAGACAAUAAAGGCCUUGCUGCUGUUUAAAUGGUAAUAUAAAAUACCAUGUCUUUUCCAGUAAAAAUGGGAAUUGGAAAAUAACAAAGUAAAAGGCUACAUUACAACACAACUAUGUGUAGCACAGGCUAUGGCUUCAUCUGCCUAAGAUUUUUUAUUUUAUUUUUUAUGUGGAAUAGUAUGAAUGAUUGAAUGUUUACUUGUACACCUAUUUUGCAUGCACUAUAUAUUCAUACAUUUUCCCACUAUCCACAGUACUUAUAUUCUGCCUAUAAACUUUGUUUAGAAAAAGUUACAUUUCAAAAUGUAAAAUUCAUAGAAAAAAGGAAACACUGAAGUUCAUUUGAGAGUGCCAAUGUGCAUGUUUCUGUAUUUCUAUAGGUUAGCAUGUGGUGUCACAACACUAUAAGUGUAAACUAUGCAGGUUGGCUUUAAGUGGUACUGCCUUGCAGUGGCAAUAUAGGUGCUGGACUGCAUUGAAGGAAUUCAUUCCUUAUGAGUAUUGCGUGAUUCAGCCAAAGGUGGUUAUGUUUCCGUGUGUAAUUUUAAAAAAUAUAUGUGAAAAGUUAUUUCUCCUCACUUUUGCUGUUUUUUUUUCUGAUACAGUUCAUAGCACCUUCAAACUCCUGCGAACCAAAGACUGGAUUAUUCACUGCUGAUUGCUGACUUGUGACCCACAAGUAACACAAUGAUAAUGAGCAGUGUAACUAUUGCUUUGGAGUUAAAGGCUUUAAAGAGAAUUAAACCUAGUCAAAAUGGAGACAUUUGCUGUGAAAGGAUCAAAUUUAGAAUUUAAAUUUGAUCUAUGUUCUGCCACAGCAGUGACAAAUGAACAGCAGCAGAGAGUUGUGAGGGUGCUUACCAUAGCUCGUCAGGGAUUUACUGUUAAAGUAAAAAAAAAUGUAAUUCUUAGUGGCAAUUUUUAAACUAUAGGAAGUGUUGGUUAUUAUCCUUUCUAGGUGAACUGGUGUGCUUUUGUGCCAUUCAUGCCCAAUUCUAAUGUUUGUAGAUGUAGUGAACUAACAUUUUUAAAAUUUGACACUGAAAAAUAACUUUUUUACUCGUAGUUAAAUCCCUUUUUACAUAAUCUGCCUUUGAACAUUUUGGGACAUUAUUUCUCUAACUGGCUUUUUGUUCCCUUAUUUUGUUUUCCUUUUAUAAAAACAUAUACCAACAUUUGUUGUGCACUACUUUUAUAUAUCUUGAUUUUUCCAACAGUUAAUAUUUUUAAGCUCACUUUUUCACAGAUGACAUCUCUUUUUGCAAUACCUCGAUUUUUCAUAAUCUGAAGAGAUGAAUAAUUUUUCUAUGUUUAUUAUUCAAAGAUUUGCACAUAUAGCUAACUUAAUUGUGCAACAAGAAUGAGUUGAAGCAAUCAGUUUUAUUUUCACUUUUUGUUUCCUUUUAGCAUUUGAAGGCAAAGUGAAAUUUAAAUAUCAUGAAUGGUAGGGAUCAGCAAUGCUAUUAAUAAAACUGCAGAUUCAGACAAAAAAAACAGAUGUAAAAAUUAUUAACCCUCUUAACUCCAGCAAAAAUAUUGUUCACAUCUUAAUAAUGAUACAGUAGAUAUUAGGGCCAAACUGCAAUCUCAGCCCAAACCUUGAAGUCUAAAUGUGGGUUCCAGUUUCUUCCAAUAUUACAUUGCAUUUACAGCUAAUAUUCAAUGAAAAUAUUCAUAUAGACUUUCUUUCAGCUCCUGCAUUUGUGGUAUAGUAGCAGACCUGCCACAAUUCACAAUACAAAAUGCACACAAAAGAAUUUAGCAGUAAACUUGAACGUAUGGAUUCUUAGGUGUUUGAUGGUUUUAAAAUUGGAUUUACCUGUUUUCGAUGGGCAAAAACUGGUUUGAAAUGCCAUCAAGUUACCUCAGUUCUAAAUAGUGUGCAAAGUUAAAAUUAUUAAAAGCAUGCAUGCGAACAAACAAAAACAAUAUGUAAAAUUCAAAACUUGUUUAUUGUGUGUUGUAAAGUUGUUUACAAAGGUUAAAUUUCAUUUCUCACUUGCCCAUAGCAUGGCAAAUAUAUCCUCAUAAACAGACCUCUGCAGAAUGCAUGAUUUUAAAUCUGAUCUUAUGGUUCAAGAAGGAAAAGAUUUUAUGAAUGCCAUUGGAAGGACUUGAUAAUUUAUUCUUUGUGUCUGGAUUUUAAGAAUUUCUUACAAAGUUACAGAAGACUUGAAUGUGGUAAAUUGUGAAAAGUUAAUGUCAUAUUGUUAUGUGCAAUACUUUUUUUCUAACUUCUGAAAAAACUUUACAGUGUAAACCUUUAAUGCGAUUUUUUUUAAUUGCAAACAUUCAGAUUAGUAUGUUGUCCACAAUGUCAUUUUCUACUGUUAUUAUAUUCCCUUUUAUCUUACUGAUAUUUGUAAAUUCAGAAUAUGAUCUUUGUACUAAUAUAAAUAAUUGAAGUUAUUUUUAGAUAUGGACUAAAGGAAAAAUGUGCUUGUUUGCUUAUUUUUGUUACCUUACUUUAAAAAAGUAGCAAAGACUACUUUUCUCAGCAGCAUUAUAAUAAUUGGGUCAAUAUCCUGUCCAGCAUUUUUAUUUUUUGGUAUUUUAAAUUGAAAUGUAUAAUUAGUUUUUUAUCAUUUUGACCAUUGAGAUUUUUUAUGUUGUAAUAUUUUUUGGAUGUGCAGCUUUUUUAAUAUUUUAAAAUGUCUAGUUUUUAUUGAAAGCUUAUGUAUUCAACACUGUAUGGCAAAUAUUCAUAAGAAGAAUAGUUAUUUCUGGAAGUCAGCCAUCAGUGGUGACACUCUGUAGCUGAAUUCCUUGUGCUUUUCACUGUGUUUGGGGAGGUUGUAGUGAUUAACAAUUUUAAAUAAAGGAAACUCAUUUUUAUUAAUAUUGGUUCACCUUUUUUGAUUUUAUUUUAUGUACCCCCUCAAAAAUGUCCCUUUUUACAGCUUGUUUGUUGAAGUGAUAGUAAAAAAAAUGUUGUUAAGUUUUAUGCCAACUAUUUAUAACGCUCAGUAAUUUUUAAAUAUUUGUAAUGUGAAAUGUUGAAUGAUUAAAGUGUUUCAAUGUACUGUAAAUGUCUCAGCUUUAUACUAAUACUGGUCUGCAAUUUGUUUUUCAUUAAUUUAUUUAAUUUGGAUAGCUAGCUAACCAUUACUGAUGCUGCUUCUAUGUAUUGAAUCUCAAAAUUUACCCAAUACACCUCUGUUGUUUUAUUGAAGGUCA